AUGGCUCCUUUAAGACCCAUCACCUCUAGUAUCCUCUAUCUUGGGCUGUUACCCUAUGAUUGGAAUGAGACCAUAGUGAAGAGUGUAGUUGCUAACUCAGGGAAUGUGGUCGAUGUGAGAUUAAGUUUUGAUUAUGAAGGUAAAAAUAAAGGAUUUUGUUUUGUUGAAUAUCAAAGUACAAGAGAUGCUUUAAAAGCUGCUCCUUUAUUAAGUCAAAUUGUUAUAAUUCAACCUAAUGGAAAUACCAAAAGAUUAAGAGUUGAAGGAUCUAAAGAAGGCUAUAAAUCAAAUAAUACACCAUCUGAAUUAAAACCAUUAAUAAAUGCUGCACAUUUAAAUAUACCUUCGAAUGUCAGAUUACCACCAGAAAUGAUGAGUGGGAGUAGAAAUAACUCGCCAAUGCCUCCAAAUGUUUCUAUACAUCAAAGAAAUAUGACCCCACCAAUGCAAAGACAUAUGACUCCACCUCAACAACAAAAUUUUAAUCCAAACAUAAAUAAUAAUAAUAAUUUAUCAACAAUAGGACGAGGUGCAAUCCAACCGAUGCCAACGAAACUAACUCAAGCCUCUAAAACUUAUCCAUAUGCUGCAAGUUUACCGUUAUCAACACCCGAUAAAAUUAAUGAAACUUUGAGUAUUAUUCCACCAAUACAAUUAAUAGAGUUGAUUGCAAAUAUGAAAAAUACAAUACAAACAGAUAUAAAUAAAGCUCAAAAUUUUUUUCAAACUAAUCCAAGUUUUGCAUUAUGUGCCGUACAAGUAUUAUCGCUUAUGGGAUUUGUAGAUGAUGAUGUUAUCAAAGAAAGUAUGGAAAGUAUUUCUUCUUCAAGUACACCUCAGCAGCAAUAUCAACAACCUCAACAACAAUACCAGCAACCCCAACAACAAUAUCAACAAUAUCAACAAGGUCAACCGCAGUAUCAGCAAGGUCAACAACAAUAUCAAGGUUUCAAUAAUAUCAACACUUAUACAGGUAACAACAACAAUAAUUCACCAUAUAGUCGACAUCAACAACCUAUCACUGGUUCAAAAUGGCCGCAAUUUCCACAAGAAACUCAACAAAAACUUAUGGCAUUACCACCAGACCAAGCGGAAAAGACUGCCCAAAUUUUGUCUUUGGGAGAAAGUAAUUUAAAAAAUUUAGCACAAGAGGCCAAGUAUAGAAUACAAUCAUUACGAACUCAAUAUGGUCUACCAAGAUUUAAUAAUAUUUAA